ACUAUUCGCCAUACAUUUAAUUUGAAUUUACAUUUAAACAUAUAAAUAAAUCAAUUCAAAUCAAAAUCAGAUAUCGAGUGCGCGUAAGUUCAUAAAGACGAUCUAAUAGUUUCGAUAGAUCGAUUCUCGCGGAUAAACCGUGGGAAAUGUUCGAAGGUGAGAAGAAAGAUCGAAGAAGUAAGAACGAAGUGGAUCGAGGAUCAACUUGGUUCUAUGUGGAUAGAAAAAAAUCUUGGAAGAAGACUAGGAUAGGAUUAGAAUAAUAGAAAACGAUACGAGAAACGUAUAGAUAUAAAAAAAAAAAAAAUUACAAAAGAAAGAUCGUCCAAAUUAUAAGGAAAAAUAAAAAGAUAUCGAGGAAACACAUAGGAUUUGAUUUGUGUUUUUUUUUUGUUUUCGUUGUACCUGUUUCGUUCGGUUCGGUUUUCUUUUUUCUUUCUUUUUAUUUGUUUUACAUUAUGGCGUCGAGAUCAUCGACCUUUUCCUGGAUGCUACGAUUUCUUUUGCUGUCGUCCUUCGUCUUAUGGGAUCCAACGAUAGCCCGUGGUUCUAAACGUGGACUUAAAAAUGGUCAAAUCGGUGCACACGGUCUAAGCAAAAGCCUUAAGAACAGCGGCCUCUUUCCGUCAACCUUUAAUGUCGCCGCAAAGGCUGAAAUAUUUGUGAAUGCAACCUGCGGCGAGGAUGGUCCCGAAACUUUUUGUAAACCCUCGGAAUCGUCAAGAUGCGCCGUAUGCGAUUCAAGGAGCCCUGAUCCUGGAAAAAGGCACAAUAUCAGUCAUGCUUUAGAUUCUAAUCCUGGUAAAUGGUGGCAAAGUCCUACCCUUGCUAGAGGAGACAACUAUGAAUACGUCACCAUUGUUCUCGAUCUCAAACAAGUUUAUCAAAUUGAAUACGUGAUCGUGAAAGCUGCGAAUUCGCCAAGACCAGCAGCUUGGAUACUCGAGAGAUCGAUAGACAACGUGAACUUUGAACCCUGGCAGUAUUAUGCACCGAGUGACGAGGAAUGUUGGACGAGAUAUUCGGCACCACCUGUGCCUGGUAAGCCGGUUUACAUAAGCGACGAUGAAGUCAUUUGUACGAGCAUUUACUCCAGGUCUACGCCUAUGGAAAACGGUGAAAUCCAUACACAUCUGGUGAAUGGUAGACCUGGUGCCUUGAAUCAUAGUACAACACUUUUAGAAUUUACACAAGCAAGAUACGUCAGACUUCGUUUACAAGGUCUUCGUAGAAACGGUGUUGUUAUUGCUGAUAAAAGAAGAGCAUAUUAUUCGAUCAAGGAAAUCAAUAUUGGUGGACGUUGUGUGUGUUCUGGUCAUGCUGCUCGGUGUCGUUACAGUGUUCAACAUGGGCAUCAAGAAUGCGAAUGUGAACGUCAUACGUGUGGUGAAAGAUGUGAAAAGUGUUGUCCAAUGUAUAAUCAAAUACCAUGGAGACCUGGUACCGUGUCCAAGGGUUUCCAUUGUGAGAAAUGCAAUUGCAAUGGACAUGCAACGUCGUGCAUUUACGAUCCGGAAGUUGCCGAUAAAAGGAUGUCUAUGGACAGUCGGGGGAAGUUCCGUGGGGGCGGUGUUUGUUUCAAUUGUACUGAACAUACAUCGGGUAUCAAUUGCGAGAAAUGUCAGAUUGGUUAUUAUAGACCAAACGGAGUAUCACCUGACUCACCUGAGCCCUGUUUACCUUGUGAUUGUAGCAUUCACGGUAGCACAGGUUACUGUACACCUGACGAUUCCUACACACACUUGGGAAAGGUAGCAGGUGCCUGCGAGUGCAAACCUGGCUAUUCGGGAUACAAAUGCGAUCAAUGUGCAGCAGGUUAUCGACAAUAUCCAUAUUGCAUGGAAUGUCCUUGCGAUUCACGUGGUAUAUUACCGUCUCACGAUUGCGAGGGUGAUUGCAUUUGCAAGGCAAACGUUGACGGUGAAUUUUGUGACAGAUGCAAACCCGGAUAUUUCGCUAUGACUAAGGAUAAUCUUGACGGUUGCGUAUCUUGUUACUGUUCUGGUGCUACUGAUCGUUGUACUUCUAGCAAACUCUAUUACACUAUGAUUUCAUCGUUGGAAAAUUGGUUGGUAACUGAUAUGAAUGCAUCGUUGGGUGUUAUACCAACAUUCGACACGGACAAUGGUUGCUUGACCGUGGCAGCAUACGAGGUCGAGUAUGAAAGUCCAUACUGGUUGGCACCACGAAUCUAUACGGGAAAUCGUAUCUCGUCUUACGGAAGUAAUCUCACGUAUACGGUCACCUGGGUUGUCAUGCGUGGCGAUACUAGUGGCAAGCCUACAACCGAACCUAACGUUAUUUUGGUCGGUAACAAUGGCAUGCGUAUAGCUUACGGCGAAGAACAGUAUAACGGUCAGGAGGCGGAGAUAUCCGUAACCUUGACCGAGGAAGGUUGGUACCACGUGCGUACUGAAAUCCGAGACAUUCCGACGAGACACAAGAGAACUGAAUUUCGCGGUGAUCCUGUCAAUAGAAAACAAAUGAUGAACGUUUUGGCUGAUCUUAAAUAUCUCAUGAUAAGAGCACAAUAUCAUUCCGAACAAAUUGAAGGAAGUCUUAUGUCAGCAAUUCUUCCGAUUGGUGAACCAACACUAUCGGAAGAUGGUACCGAAAGUCUCGUUGAAAUGUGCGAUUGUCCUGAAGGAUAUACCGGUUUAUCAUGCGAAAAUUGUUCCUGGGGAUACGUUAAAGUAACUAGCAAUGGUUCAGAUCAUCGGGAUUAUCAUAUUUGUGUUGAAUGCGAUUGCAAUGGUCAUGCUGCUUCUUGCGAUCUUGUGAUGGGUGAAUGCAAGAAUUGUGAACAUCAUACAAUCGGUCCAAAAUGUGAUCGUUGCACAACAGGAUAUUACGGGAUCGCAACUAAAGGGACACCGGAGGAUUGUAAAAAGUGUGCUUGCCCAUUAUCCAUCGAAUCAAAUAAUUUCAGUCCGAGUUGUCAAUUGGAGGAUCCUACGGACGAUAACAGUGGUUAUGUUUGUACUCAGUGUCCCGAAGGAUACACAGGAGAUCAUUGCGAAAGUUGCGACGUUGGUUUUUAUGGGAACCCGUCAACCCCUGGUGGAACAUGCGAGCGUUGUCCUUGCUCGGGUGGACCGUGCGAUCAAGAAACAGGACGUUGCUUGGAAUGUCGUGGUAAUACAGAAGGUUGGAAAUGUGAAAGGUGUAAGGAAGCUCAUUAUGGGGAUCCCCUUCGUCAAAAUUGUCUUCCAUGCGAUUGUGACCCCAUUGGCAGUAGUUCCGUUCAUUGCGAUCGGAUGAGCGGUCAGUGUCCCUGCAAGCCUUUGUUCUCGGGUCGUGACUGUUCCUUCUGUGUUGAGGGUUACGGAAACGUUAGUGCAGGUUGCCAAGUAUGUGACUGCGACGUGGGUGCCCUCAACGAACUUUGCAAUCCCGUAACCGGUGAAUGCAGGUGUACGGAGGGUGUUGUUGGUUCCCAUUGCGAUAGAUGCGACAUCGAUCAUUAUGGUUUAUCGACGAAUGGUUGCCAAGGAUGUCGUUGCAACAUGAUAGGAUCAAUCAGUUCAGCAUGCGAUAUAGUGACCGGCCAAUGUCAAUGCAAAUCUCACGUAAUCGGUAGACAAUGCGAUCAAUGUCAGACAGAUUACUGGGGCUUGACAACGGCGGCAGGAUGUACACCAUGCAAUUGCGAUCCCAUAGGUGCUUUUAAUUCUUCCUGCCAACAAAAUACAGGAUCGUGUUAUUGCAGACCAGGUGUGGCUGGUCCACGUUGCGAUACCUGUCUCACCGGUUAUUAUGGUUUCUCGACUAAUGGUUGUCAAAGAUGCGAUACCUGCGUAAGACCAGGACACAUAUGUGAUCCCGAUACUGGACGUUGCGUUUGCCCAAGCUUGACCUAUGGUGAACACUGUGAUCGAUGUAGACCAGGUUCAUGGAACCUUAUUCCAGGAAUUGGGUGCAAGCCAUGUGCCUGUACUUUAGGUUCAACGAAAUCUCAAUGUGAUAGUCGAGGUCAAUGCGUUUGCAGAAUCGGUUACGAUGGUCUUAGAUGUGAAAAAUGUGCUAAGGGUUAUUAUGGUUAUCCGAGAUGUCAUCCGUGUGGUUGCAAUCCUGCUGGUACACUUACUUGUAACGGAGAAGUUUGUGAUUGCAAUGAAAGUGGUCAAUGUCCUUGUAAGGAAAACGUCGUAGGCAGACAAUGUGAUUUGUGCAAGAACAGUACCUUCGGUUUGGCUAAAGACAAUCCAAAGGGUUGCACCGAAUGUUUCUGCUUUGGUAGAAGCAAACAUUGUCAACAGGCUGGUUUUAGUUGGGGAUUGAGAAGAAUUCAAAAACCUAGGACACUCUAUAUCAAUGAAUCGGUCAAUGAUAUUAUGAUUACCGAUUCAAGUUCAACGUCAACAUUUUUUUCCUCCAAUAGUGAAUUAGAAGUUAGGAAUGAUUUGACAAUAAUUCCAAACACAGAAGGAGACGUAAUCCUUCCAGCUAAUUUCUAUUACAAUUAUCCCCUUUAUUGGAGAUUACCAUCAACAUUUUUAGGCGAUAAGGUUAUAUCUUAUGGCGGAUUGUUACGUUUUUCUACAUCAACCGAUGGUGGAAUAUCAUUGAGAACAACGCACAAAUAUCCACUUGUACAAUUGCAAGGAAAUAACAGGAUCAUAUUAGAAUAUUACUUGCACACACCUGUUAAAGAUAAUCAUUACGAAGUCAGAUUUCACGAAUCUUUAUGGCAAUUAUACGGCAGACCGGAUUACAAAGUAACGAGAGAGGUAUUAAUGGUUGCUUUACAAAACAUUCAACAAAUUAUCAUCAAAGCUACGGACAAUGCAGAUUUCACAAAAACGAGCCUGUUGGAAGCAUCGAUGGAAGCUGCAGUAUUAACUCACACCCAUUCACCACCACUGGCAAGUGGUGUAGAGAUUUGUCAGUGUCCUCCGGAAUAUAACGGGACAUCUUGUCAGGAUCCAAGUAUUGGUUACUAUAGAUCGUAUGAAAACAUAAACAUCACGUCGACCAUAGUAAUUGAUCUUGUGGGACAGGCUAGGCCAUGUCAGUGCAGCGGUAGAUCAGAGAUAUGUGACAGAGAGACGGGAUAUUGUCAAAAUUGCCGUGGCAACACCAUUGGCCCGAGAUGUGAGAUCUGUGCUGAUAGUUUUUACGGACACCCCGAUAUAGGUGGUUGUAAACCUUGUCCAUGUCCACAGGUUGAUAAAAGAUUCUCGAGUAGCUGUAUCGUUCGGGAUGAUAGCGAACCAAUUUGUCAUUGCAAACCUGGUUAUACCGGUAGAAUGUGCGAACGUUGUACACACAAUUAUUAUGGUUUCCCUAAUCUACCCGGUGGCCAAUGCGUACCAUGCAAUUGCAAUUUGGCUGGUAGUACGAGUGACAGAUGUGAUGAUAAAACUGGACAAUGCAAUUGUCGUUCUGGAUCAACUGGAAGGGAUUGUUCCCAAUGUACGGCUUAUCGUCACGUUUACAUUGAUAACUUUUGCACAUCAUGCAACGACAACUGUACUGGUCUAUUAUUGGAUGACCUUGAUUCAAUGAUGGAAGAACUCGCUGUUGGUACUUCACACAUUGCUGACGGUUACGUACCUCCCCCCUGGGAGGAAUUAAAUUACGUUGAUUCUAAUGCGAACCAUCUAUUAGACCAAUUUACAUUGCAAAGUCAACUUAAAGAAAGAAUGAAGAACGUGCCCUGGUAUGAAUACAAAAAGAUCAUGAAAAAUGCUGAAACUUCGUUAAGAAUUGCAAACGAACAGGUCAAUCGUGGCAAUUUGUGGAAAAACAAAUCGAACGAUUUAAAAAAUAAUAUUUUUAGUGCGCAAAUUGAAAUUCGAAAUCUUCGCGAACGUAUUCAAGACACUAUUUCACAAUUGAAUUCUUACGGUGACGAUAAUAAAAGGAUUGAAAUAAAAAAUGCCUUGGAAAUAGCAAGAAAGAUAUUGUACGAUUUGAAAAAUGUUAAUUUAUCGAAGAAAACGAUAAAAAUUGAAAAAUUCAUCGAAGAUACCGAUGAUUAUAUCAAUUGGUUAAAUUCUAUUUACAAUUCGACGGAACCUAUAAUAAUACUUCAAGAGGAUACGGAUGAUUUUAUUUUGAAAAUGAACGAUAUGAAGAAAAUCUUGGAAGAAACGAUGGAAAUUUUAUACACCUAUGACGUACUUUACAAAGAUAUUAAUAAAACUUACGUCGAGUUUGAAAAUUAUUGCGAUAAAAUAAAUAAAUUAACGAAAGAUAUUAAUAAUAUAGAGAAUGGUAAACAAUUGAUCGAAGAAGCUAAAGGAUUCAUAAUCGAUACUCAAAAUAAUGUUCAAGAUCUUCCGGAAUUGGAAAAAAAAUUAUCAUAUUGGAUCGAACAAUUGCACGUUAAGGAAGAAAUAUUGUACAGAUUGAAUUAUGAAUAUAAUGAUAAAUACGUUAUACCGGCAAUAGAACAUGCGAAAAAUUUAUCCAAUUACGUGGACGAUUACGUUAGUCUGUUUUCGGAGACACGCAACAUAGCGGCAAGCCCGCUGAAGGCAAGUCAAGCAUACAAGAACAUCGUUGACAGCUUGACAGAAGCUAAUGAUACUGCAUUAAUGGCUAAAAUGACAGCUGAAAAUACUUUAUCUCAGGUUUUACCGAAUGGGAAAAAAUCGAAAUCAUUAUUGGACGAUUCGUUAGAAGUUUUAAAUGGUUCGUUCGAACAAUUAAAAAAGUCCAACAAUAUGAUUGAAUCCGUGGAAAAUUCGAUAAACAAAACGAAAUAUCAAAAGGAUGCUUUAAAUCAUUUGGAAAAUACUUUAAACAAUACCGAGAUACGUAAUAACAAAAUAAAUGUUAAAUUACACGAAUUACAGAAUGAAAGCAAUGAACUACAAAAAAAAUUAGAACAAGUAAUGCAGGACAACGAUAAAGUAUCGGAAUCGGUGAACGAUAUGAAAAUGUUAAUAGAUGAUUACAGGAAAGGUAUUUCCGAUCGAUUGCAACCGAAAUUGCAAGAUUUGAAAAGAGAAGGAGACUCGAAGAUCAGCUUGGCCAGUGAAAAAUUAUCAGAAGCUUUGAGCAACAUCAAAAAAGCGGAUACAAAAUUGAUAAGUUUAUCUAACGCAGCAGUAAAACGUAAAAGUGUUUUCGAUAAAUGGAACGACACGUUAACAUUUAAACUACAAAAUCUCAAAGACAAGAUUGCUGAAGCAAGAAACACUGCUGAAGGGAUUCGAGUAUCCGUCAAAUCCGUGGAAGAUAAAAAAUGUGUAAGAUCUUACAGACCAAAUACUCUUCAACCAUCGUCAAUGACAACCAUAAUCAUGACUUUUGCUAUUCCUGAUAAUCGAAGAGACGGAUCUUUACUUUACUUACCCAGUAGUAUCAACGACGAUUUCGUAGCAUUGGAAAUGAUCGAUAGGAAAGUUAAAUUUGUUUGGAACGUUGGUGGGGGUACAGGAAUUUUAACUCAUCCUGAAACCAUUGAGAGUGGUAAUCUCAAAGAGGAUCGGUUUUGGUAUCGCAUUGAAGCCGAAAGAAUAAGAAACGUAGGUAAACUGAGCGUGAGAAAACAAUCGUCAACAUCAGGAAGAUAUCUUCCAGUUAUAAAUUCAACCGAUCCAGAAUAUGGUCGAUUCGAUAUAACCAGUAUGGAUCGUGUUUGGUUAGGAGGUAUACCUGAAUCUCAAAGAAGACCAGUUGAACUUAACGGUGCUAAUGGUUUACCUGCUUGCGUUCAUCAGCUUAUUCUUGAUGGCAAACCAAUUGGUUUGUGGAAUUUUAUUACAACCGCACCUGACAUGGCUUGCGAAGCUUGCAUGGAAGGAACCGAAGAUAUCAGAGAUGACAUAGCUUACAGUUUUAAUGGCGAAGGUUAUGCUGUUAGAAACAAAGUAUCUUCUGGUCCAUACAACAAAUACACUUUCGGCGUGUCCAUCAGUUUCCGUACAUACGAUGAAAAUGCUUUAAUAUUUUUAGCGAUCAAUGAAGAUAACAAUCAACACAUCAUGAUAUUUCUUCGAGAAGGAAGAGUUAUACUUUACGUUGGUUAUGGUGGUAACGUUAGCAUGGAAAUGUCAUCGACUUACAAAUACAAUAAUGGUAACUGGACCACCGUGGAUGCCUUUAGACAAUAUCAAUUACGUAAAAGUAUUGAGAAAUGUAGUUUGAACGUUGGUGAAGAGAAUGAUAAGAAGAUAGGUGCACCAACACCGCAACCGAAAAAAGAAGAUAUUCCUGACUUAUCUCGAGCUAAAUAUUACUUCGGUGGUGUACCACCCAGUUUCAAAGCUGAAAAUAUAAUAUUACCGUCUCAGGUAUCCUUUCUAGGAUGUAUGUCUAAUAUUAUUGUACAAGAAGGCUAUGAUCCAAUGGCUGAACAAUAUUACGGCGUUGAACCCACCUGUGCUAACAAGCCAUUGAGAACAAUUGGUUUUUAUGGUAACGGUUAUCUCGAACAUUCUGCUUUUACAUUACGUAAAAUAAGUUCAUCAUUUAGUUUUGCGUUCAGAACACUGCAAGAGGAAACGCUUCUUUUGUUAUCCACUUUCCAAGGUCAAGAAGAAAGAUUAUACGGUCCCCAAUCAAUGAACGAGGAAGACAUAUCUAAUGAAAAUUAUUAUUCCGUUUGCGUGAUUAAUGGACAAGUGGAGGUACGAUUAAAUGGUGGAAAAGGAGAACUCGUUUUAAGAUCUAAUGAUACGUUCAAUGAUGGAAGAUAUCACACCAUUACGAUUAUUAAAAAAAGAAAGGAAGUUGAAUUAAGAAUCGAUGAUGCAUAUCAAAAUACAGGAAAAUUACCAACCAGUGCAGCUAUCAAAGCACCUGAUUCUAACGGUGGCCUCUUCUUCGGUGGACUUCCGGCUUUGAUUAAUAAUACCAAAAUGGUGGCUACUAAAGUACCUUUGUACGGUUCAAUCAAGGAUGCUAUCUUCAAUGACGAGAUUCUAAGAUUUGACGAAGCCGUUACUUUCGAUCAUGCACUGAUUGGUCGAGCAGGUCCUAGUAUGGGUAAAGAUAUUCCAAAUUACACCCCUUCUGCUUCAUUGUCAAGAGGAAUGUCAACGCAACCUGAGGGUUGUCAAAAGGUUCCUUAUUACUCUUUGGAACCAGGGGCAUUAAAAUUUGGCGACAAAUCGCACAGCCAUACUCAGCUAUAUCUGAAUUUUAAAAAAUUUUGGGAAAAAAAGUAUUCGAUAGAGUUUGACUUUCGUACUUAUUACCCUAAUGGCCUGUUAUUUAUUACACCGGGACUCAGAUUGAAACAUUAUCUGAUGGUCAUAAUCAAAGAUGGCCAAUUGCUACUUCUCGUCAAAUGCAAACAAAAGAAAGAAAUUUUAUUCAAGACCCCAUUCAAUGAUGGAAAUUGGCACCACGUUGUAUUGAGUCACGACGAAAGAAGAUUAACCCUAACUGUUGAUACUCAAACACCUCGUACUAUCAAAGUACCACGAAAAAUAGGUUUAGCACCGAUGAUGUAUAUCGGUGGAUUACCGGAAAGUGGUACACCAUUACCCGAUCAAGUUGUCGUCAAAUUGGAAACAUUGAAAGGUUGUAUCAGAGGUUUGAGAGUUAAUGGAAACAUUUAUGAUAUGGUUGGUUCUACCAGUCGUGCUUACAACGUUGGCCAAUGUUUUCCCAGCGUUGAAAGUGGCGCUUACUUUCAAGACGAGGCUUUCGCAAUUUACAAAAAAAAUUUUGAACUCGGAGCUGUGUUAGAAUUGCAAUUAGAAUUCAGAACGUCGGAAUUGUCGGGUGUCCUGCUUUCGAUAACUGCACCUAGUGGUUCUCCAUCGUUGUCCUUGGAAUUGAACAAUGGUAAAGUUAUAAUGUCCGGUGAUUUGGGUGACAGUAAUCCUUUGUACGUUGAACAACGAUUCCCAAGCCCUUAUGCUAUCUGUGACAAUCGUUGGCAUCGGAUUCAAGCUGUUUACAAUGACGAAGAAUUAGCAUUGAAGGUUGACGAUCUUGAUCAAAAAUAUGGUUUACCUACUAACGUUAAUUAUCAUUUCAUGGAGUCCACUACUUUGGGUCCACUUUACAUCGGUGGUUUACCAGCAUCGGCUAUGAAAGGAACGUUAUUAACGCGAGAUCAUUUCAAUGGGUGCAUAAGAAACGUAAUGAUAGGAGGAGAAAGACGUGAUUGGACGGAUAUGGCCGAACUGCAUAACAUACACUUGAGUUCAUGUCCAAUACAAUGAUGCAAAUAAUCAAUAAGUGCAUCGAAACAAUCCAAAGACUGUUACGCGCUACGUAGUGACGAACUUUUAAUUAAGAAUUUUAUUUUAUUUUAUUUCUUUUUUUUCAUUUUUUUA